GAUCAGCUCAACAAGACGAUUUCUUCGCAGGCCAUGCAAGCUCGAGCCGAGAAAAACAGGGAAUGCUGGGAAAAACUGAAUGCAGCCAGGCCCGGCAGACUUUGGUCCAGGGAGAAGGGGGUUGUAAGGAAUGGGGGAGAGGCGAAGGAAGUGGCGGGUAUGAAGGUCACGGAGCAGGACAUGACGAAACAGGAAGUGGCGGGAGUGAAGCGGAAGGUGGCGGAGGAGAGACAGAUCUGCUGCGGGACGCGAGCGACGGCACCAAGUAACGGAAGAGACGGUGCUGAGCUUGCAGCUGACACAACCACUCUGAACAACAAUAAUAACAAUAAUAAUAUCAAGAAUAACGUCUGUAACGAUGGUGGUAACGGGAUCGACAGUGAGGGCGGUGUCUCCUCAAAGAAGCAAAGACUGGACGGAUGGAAGAAGUUCCCUCUGAAGGCUGAGGCGGGCGUAGGACUAACGUCCGCCCCUCCCGCGAGAAGACUUAGUUCGACCGCACAAAGAGAUUCCGUCUCCCCUCGCUCUGACUCAUCCGGAACGGGCAAAGUUCGCGAAGUUGACGAAGAGGAAGUGGGAGGAGGAGUGCGAUCGUCUCACACAGACGUGCUCGGUGACUGCGAGAAUUUACAUGACGCGCGUGUCAGCGUCAGCGUGUCGCACAUGUUCCCAUGUAUCAGCCGCGGCCUGGCGUGGGCGACCCACGGACGCGAGCCGCUCCUCAGCCUGACCCAGGACGACCUUGACCUUCUUCCUUUGCCUGCUGGCCUGAGUGGGGCGGACCAUGUGCAGGUUUUGGUCACGGGGAGUUUGUUGUUGGUGGGAGGGGUCCUCACUGUGAUAGAUCCUGGCAUGAACGACUGAUGGGUGUGUGUGUGUGGGUGUGUGUGUGUGUGUGUGUGUGUGUAUUGUUGUUGGUGGGAGGGGUCCUCACUGUGAUAGAUCCUGACAUGAACGACUGAUGGGUGUGUGUGUGGGUGUGUGUGUGUGUGUGUGUGUGUGUGUGUGUGUGUAUGUCAUUGUUACUGUUACAGACCCCAACAAUAACAGCUGAUCUCAGUGUGUGCCCCCUCCCCCUUCCCCUCCCCCUCCCUCCCUUUCCAUCCC